AUGACGAAGCGGCGCUCGUUUGCACCCGUGGAAGGCCUCGACACUUCACACUCCAGCGGCUUCAGGAAGGAAUCAUGGUCCCUCUACGCCAUCGGCAUGACCGCCGUCCUCCUCAGAACUAUCGCGCGGGUGCGGCGGAUGGGGGUGCGAGGGCUGCAGAGCGACGACUAUCUGAUACUGUCUAGCGUCGUCUGGUACACGCUGCUGUGCGUGAGCCUGAACGAGAUCACGAUGACGGGCGGCUCGAACCUGAUGACGGCGGAAGACAUCCGCAAGCUGACCCCGUACACGACCGCGCAGCGCACCAAGGGGGCCAAGUGGGUGUUUGUCGCAGAGAAUGCCAUGACCAUGACCAUCUGGACCCUCAAGGCCUGCAUGAUCAUCCUCUACCACCGCAUCAUGGAAGGACUGAGCCAGGAGCGCCUGGUGCGGUAUCUCACCGUCUGGGUGGCCGUGGGCUUCGUCGGGACCGAGAUGUCGCUCUUCCUCAUCUGCCGCCCGCUGCACAACUACUGGGCCAUCCCGCCCCCCCCAGAGACGCAAUGCGCCUCGUACCAGAUCUACGGCAUCAUCCAGGGCGUCUUCGCCAUCUCGGCAGACAUCCUCAUGCUGGCCAUCGCCAUCCCGCUCUUCCUCACCCUCAACCUCCCCCGCAAGCAAAAGUUCAUCCUCCUCUUCGUCUUCGGCCUGGGCAUCUUCGUCAUCAUCUCCGCCGUCCUGACGAAGCUGUACUGCCUCGUCCCCUCCCUCAUCUCGUACGUGUACAUGAACUGGUACUUCCGCGAGGCCACCGUCGGCAUCCUGGUGACCUCUCUGCCCAUGACCUGGUCCUUACUACGAGACCUCUUCCCCAUGCUGCGUGAAUGGGCCUCGGGGACGGGCUCGGGCAUCUCUAACAUCUUCACCUGCAUCGCACCUGCAUCAAGCAUCAUCUCGCGUGCUCGUAUCUCUACGAUGACCGUGUAUAUGGACCUCCCGCCCAAGGGCCUGUUCAGGUUCCCCCCAGACCCCCGUCCCCAGGUGCUGCCGCCGCCCUCCGUCGCCCGCUCCUGGCUGCAGCCCUUCAACAUCAACCCGGGUCUCUACACGGCCCUGCUCGAGGCCAGGGUGCCCGUCACCGUCGCCCUCCUCUACGCCGCCACCGUCGUCCUUGUUAACCGUCUCAACCGCCAGCGAAACUACCGGCCAUGGGCCCUCAGCAAGACCCGCGCCUUUCGCGCCUUCGUCGUCCUCCACAACGUUUUCCUCGCUGUCUACUCCGUCUGGACGUUCCUCGGCAUGGUACACGCCUUCCGCACCUCCUGGCCACGCCAUAACCUGGUCAGUAUCGUCGACUCGCUGUGCAAGAUCAACGGGCCGCGCGGGCUGGGGAACGCCGCCGUCUACGACCCGGACACCGACGCCUGGCGCAUGCUCAACCCGCGGUACAAGCUGGCAGACGGGGUGCCUGAUGCCGCGGACGUGGGCAGGCUGUGGAACGGCGGACUGGCCUACUUUGGUUUUUUGUUUUAUCUCUCCAAGUUCUACGAGGUGCUCGAUACAGCCAUCAUCCUGGCCAAGGGGAAGCGCAGCUCGACCCUCCAGACAUACCACCACGCCGGCGCCAUGAUGUGCAUGUGGGCAGGUAUACGCUACAUGGCCGCCCCUAUCUGGAUAUUCGCCUUGUUUAACUCUCUCAUCCACGCCAUGAUGUACACGUAUUAUACGUUAACAGCGCUGUCGGUGCGCAUACCGGUGCGCAUCAAAAAGUCACUCACCACGAUGCAGAUCAUGCAGUUCGUCGUCGGGACACUGCUCGCGGCCGUCCAUCUCUUCGUCUACUACUCUAUCCCCGUUGCCGUCCCCCAUCCCGCCCCCGAGCGAGCAGUCGAGCGGCCAGUCGAGCGGGCAGAUACCGGGGCCGGGCCAUGGCUGAAGAAGCUCGCCUUUCGCGCGGCCGGUGCUGAAGGGGUGGCUGGAAACGUCCUCAACUCCAAUGGCUCCUAUUUCGGUGCAGACGGCUCAAACACAGCCCACGCAGUCAUGGAUAAGAGGGAGGUCCGCUACUCGCUCGAGCCCAGGACGUUUUCAUGCAUGAACACCAGCGGCCAGGCCUUUGCCGUCUGGCUUAAUCUUGUCUACUUGCUUCCGCUUACUUUUCUCUUCGUUCGCUUCUUCGUCCGUUCUUAUCUUCGUCGCACAGAGCCAGGACACCGCCACUCUACCACCAUACACACUGCUGAGAAGGCGGGUAUGGAUGCCAUCAAGGGCGUCACGCGCGAGAUCACCAACGCUGUCAUCGAGAUGCACGGCGACGGCGAGGACUCUACUGGCACGGGCACUGGCACCAGUACUCCCAGGCCUGAUACUGCCACGCAUCAGGUAGAGACUACUAUUCCACACCAGGUAGAGGUUCCUGAUAUUGUCACACAUCGAAAGUCUCAGGUAGAGGGCCCGACUUCAGAUAGCGACGUGACGGCGUACGAGGCGAGCGUGGAGCAGGUCAUGUCCAGCCAGGAGAUGCAGAUCGACAGCCACCCGGAAGAGUCCACUGCUCGCGGCAAGGAGAAGGAGAAGUCGGGGAAGAAAAAGGCCCAGAAGAAGCGUCGCUAG